UACGACCUCUUUUUAUAAGAUGAAGAGUGCGAACUCGACUGUCACUCACACAAAGUGAAAGACAGGUAAGAAUAGAAGAUUAUACAGCCCAAGAAAAAUCAAAUACACUCUCCCUCGUAGCAGUAUAAAUAGAGCCACAAAUCUACGAAGACUUUUUAACAAGGGAAGCUCCAGAGAGAGAGAGAGAGAGAUAACAUAAACAACACCUACCCACCUAUUUCGCUAGCUUUUCUUAAAUCAAUCGAAAACAGAAACCUCAAAACCCCCAUUUUCAUUUCCCCUGUUUCCAACUGUAUCCACCAAAUGGGAAGCACCCUUCUAGAAGCUCUCAACGUCCGCGUGGAAGGCUCAGGCCAGAAGGUCCUCGUCCUCGCCCACGGCUUCGGCACCGACCAGUCGGUCUGGCAGCGCAUUCUCUCCUCCUUCACGCCCUACUACCGCGUCAUUCUCUACGACCUGGUGUGCGCCGGCAGCGUCAACCCCGAUUACUUCGAUUUCCGCCGCUACACCACUCUCGACGCUUAUGUCGAUGACUUGCUCACCAUCCUCGACACCCUCGGAGUCGAUCGCUGCGCCUACGUCGGCCACUCCGUCUCCGCCAUGAUUGGGAUUUUGGCUUCCAUUCGCCGCCCUGAGCUCUUCACCAAGCUCAUCCUCGUCGGCGCUUCUCCAAGAUUCUUAAACGACAGAGAUUACCACGGCGGAUUCGAGCGAGGCGAAAUUGAGACAGUGUUGUCCGCAAUGGAGGCCAAUUACGCGGCGUGGGUCAGCGGGUUCGCCCCAUUGUCCGUCGGCGCCGACGUCCCGGACGCGGUCCGCGAAUUCAGCCGUACCCUUUUCAACAUGAGGCCGGACAUCUCCCUAUUCGUCUGUCGCACCAUUUUCAACAGCGAUCUGAGGGGCGUGCUGGGCCUGGUCAAGGCUCCCUGUUGCAUAAUCCAGACCGCCAAGGACGCGUCGGUCCCGGCCUCGGUCGCCACCUAUUUGAAGGACCAUUUGGGCGGGCGCAACACCAUAGAGGAGCUGCUCACCGACGGCCACCUUCCCCAUUUGAGCGCACCGACGCUUUUCGCCGCCAAGCUCCGGCGAGCCCUCUCGCGCUAGCUAGGCGCGCACCGCAGAAUUAGGUACUGACUAGUGGGGUCCUGAAAACUGUAAUAAGGGUGGAGAUCUCGGCACCUGGCGAAUAAUAUGUGGACUUCGGAUUAUAUGAUGUACAAGAGGAUAAGAGUCUCCACGUGAUAAUCACGUGCUGACGUAUCCCUUUUUUUGGCUUCUUUUCUUUUUUUUCUUUUUUUUUUUUUUCCGAAUUUUUGGAGUGUUCUUGUGUUGAUCUUUAUUUUGGGAAAUCAAUGGGAUUGAAAAGAAACGAAAGAAAAUGAUUUCGGCUUUGUA